AGACUUCCGCGAUCGGACAACAUUUUCUUUCAAUAGGGAUCGGACAAUAAGAGAGAGCCACCUUGCAGUUGCUGCCUUGUUCCUCGAUCACCUCCUGAGCUCUGCUUGCGCAGCCUCGUGUCCCUGCGCUUUCUCGCUGCCUCUCUUCUCGCAAACUAUGGCGCUGGAGCCUGCUGACUACAACAGGCUCAUUAGCCGGGACAAGGUCACGGGCGCCGCGGCGACGGCCUUCCCCGACUCCGUCGAGAUUCCCGAGAGGUUCAUCCGGACCGGCGACGAGGCCCGGGCCGGCGCCGUCGCCGGCGAGGACGACGGCGACGAGGCCUACGAGCUGCCAGUCGUGGACAUGGCCAACCUCCUUGACCCCGAGCUCUCGGCGUCGGAGACGGCCAAGCUUGGCUCCGCGUGCCGAGACUGGGGCUUCUUCCAGCUCACCAACUAUGGCGUCGACGAGGCCGUGAUCCAGCAGAUGAAGGACACCACGGCGCAGUUCUUCAGCCUGCCGCUGGAGAGCAAGAACGCGGUGGCCGUCCGAGGCGGCGGCUUCGAGGGCUUCGGCCACCACUUCAACGCGCCUGGAAGCGACAAGCUCGACUGGGCGGAGUGCCUCCUCCUCGAAACGCAGCCCGUCCAAGCCAGGAACAUGGAGUUCUGGCCGGCGAACCCGCCGGCGUUCAGGCACGCGAUGGACAGGUACUCCGAGGAGAUGGCGAGCCUCACGAGGCGGCUGCUGGGCUUCCUGGCGGCCGACCUCGGGGUCGCCGCCGAGGCGCUCCUGGGCGCGUUCGCCGGCAAGCGGCAGACCGCGGGCGUGCACCGCUACCCGCCGUGCCGCCGCCCGGAGCAGGUGCUGGGCAUGGCGCCGCACACGGACGGGUUCGGCCUGACGCUGCUGCUGCCGGCCGACGACACGCCGGGGUUGCAGGUCAGGCGGCGCGGGCGGUGGUUCCCCGUGCGGCCGCUGCCGGGCGCCCUGGUCGUCAACGUCGGCGACGUCCUGGAGGUCCUCUCCAACGGCGCCUACGGCAGCGCCGAGCACCGGGUGAUCCCGCACGCCGAGAGGGGCCGGACCACCGUCGUGGUGUUCCAGGACGCGGCCCUGGACGGCGGGGUGGUGGCGCCGCUGCCGGAGCUCCUGCGCGGGGGGCACGAGCCGCGGUACAGGCCCGUGGACAGGCUCGAGUUCUCCAAGGGCCACCUGAGGGAACUGGCCCAGGGGACACCGUUCCUCGACAGCCUUAAGAUAUCUUCAUCAUCGUAGACUCGUAGUAGAUCGAUAACGCGAAAUCAUACGGAUUAUUAUUACUAUACAACAUGUCACAUGUAUGUUGUAAAUCCAGCUGCAUCGUGUCAUAGACUUGCAAUUAAUAAUUGUUGAAUAAUCACGGGUGGUCAGAGACGUGUGCUUGAUCCACGUACGCCGUGAGAAGCCUGUUGUGUAUGCAUGCAUGUGUUACCCUCUUCUUCCUGUAUAAACGCAUCAAAUGAAAAACCGAAAAGGCUGCGGGGUUUAGCAGCGGAUAUCGUCUCCAC